GCACUAAAGAGAUUCACUACUUGGGUGUAUACCCAGUUCCUUGCUUCCCGGGUACCUGCGUCCUGUUUCCAGAUACCACAGUAUUUCAUCUCUUUUAAAUUCUCUCAAAUCAAUGCUAUUGAUCUGAUCCCUUUAAAACCAAGAGAUUCACUAUACGAUCUCCCAUUUUUCAUGGAAAAAAGAAGAAAGAUCAUUACCCUCUGCAAAAUCUCAUUCCAAGGUUUCCGGCUUCUUUUAUUUUUGGUUUCCAUAUCCAUUUUAAAGAUCUCUUUGUUUUUCUCUGAAAACUAGCAAGUGGAUUAUCUGGCAUCCCUCCAUGGCCAAUCUGUUUGGAAGCUCUGGUUUGAGAAGUAGCAGAUUGAAGGGGGCUAUUUGGUUUGCAAAGUUGGUGUUUUCAUCUGCAGGGAUCAUAUCCACUGUAAUUUUGUUCAAAGUGGCAAUAGUCCCUUUUGCAUUUGAUUUUAUUCUUUCAGUUUUACCCAGGAUUUGGAUCUCUUUCCGUAGCUGGCUUUCUCCACCUUACAUCUAUAUCAUUCUCAACUUCAUCAUCAUCACCAUUGCUGCUUCCUCCACCCUUCAUCACCAAAACGACAACCACACAAAACCAUCAUACUCUACAAAAACCCAAUUCAUUUCUACCGACAAAAGUCCAAGCAUUAGUCUCUGGCAAGACAUCGACGUGCAAGAAGAUGAAAAAGAAGUUGAGAAAUCCAUUAAUCCACCUCCAGAACCCUGCAUCUCCUCUGAUUCUGGUAAAUCACUGCAGGUGGAAGAAGAGACGAUAACAAAGGAGACCCUUAUACUACAAGAAGAACCAGCAGAGGACACGCUGGAGGAGACAUGGAUGUUGAUCAUGAAAGGACAAGGGAAGAUACCGUCAAGAAAGCUGAAGAAGAGCGAGACGUGGGACAUCCCUCGUGUGCCAGGAGCGGCGGUGGCCGCGACGGAUGAUGAAGAUAAUAAUAAUAAUGAGAUUGAUCCAUUAGCGUGGGCUCGGAAGGAGCUGAGAAAGUCGGAGACUUUCAAUGACAGAGCAUCGUUAAGGAGGGAGAAAUCGAUGAGUCAAGAGGAAUUGAAUCAGAAAGUAGAAGAGUUCAUUAGCAAGUUCAAUAAUGAGAUGAGACUUCAGCGACAGGAAUCGGAUCAGCGUUUCAUGGCAAUGGUUAAUCGUGGUGUUUAAUUAGUAAGUAAUAUGGGUUUGAUAGUCCUUCGCAUUAUAAAAUAAUAGAAGCUUUGGAAACGUUGAGUUCAUACAAAGAAUUUCGUAAUUAUCAAAUUAAUUUGUAUGUGAAAUUGUGCAUCCAUUACAUAUAUAUUUUUAAUUAAUCAUAAACGAUUAUCUAUAUAAA